GCACCGCGUAAAGCGCGCGCGCGCACGUAUUUUUUUUAUGGGGGUUUAUUUAUCGGGGCGCGCGUUGAGUUGGCACGGGCACGCGGUUGUCAUUUAAAUCCUCGGCUAUCCGUUGCCACAGUGCUUGCACCGCAGCAGUUUUGAGCAAGGCAUGCGAGCUAAUUUUCCUGACCACCAAGCAGACAAGGACGCGUUUUCAAUCUCUCAGCAUGGGAAACCUGGCGCUCUCCACCAGUUUUUUCAGGCAUGAUGCAACCCCCUUGGACCCGGUCCACUCAGAGAGCUUUGUAGCCAGAAGAAUUUGCAAUGGUGUAAUGUAUUACUACACUCCAAUGACUGCAGCUGAGAACCAGACGGUGUACGUUGCCAAAGACUCUCCGACCACAGAAGAUCUGCACCCCAUCUCAUCUUCAGUGUCCUCAGAAACACUUUCCCACACAGCUAUUUCCUCCCAGCAGCAUUUAGGUGCUGCUUCCCAUUCUCGCCCUCUUCUCCUCUUCUUCUCCUGGCUCGGUGCCCAACCUGGGGCCGUAGCCAAGUACAGGGACCUCUACCUCGACCGUGGUAUGGAUGUCCUCCUUGUCCAGAGCAGUGUUAUGCACUUCCUGUGGCCUCAAUGGGGGCUCAACUAUGGGUUGGAGAUUUUGAAUAUUUUAGAGGAGCCUCCUUUCACAGACAGGCUCAUAUUGGUUCAUGCAUCUUCCAUUGGUGGUUUCACUUUCACCCAGCUGCUCACCCACAUUACUCAGCAACCAAAGCAGCACGCUGGCCUGGCCCACAGAGUGAUAGGACACAUUUAUGACAGUCUAGUAGUUGGCUCCCUGGAUCACAUGGCGACAGGACUUGGCAAGACUUUGUUGCCCCGUUUAGAGGGCUUCAUCAAAACUACCGCCAUGCUCUACUUCAGGCUGUUCAAGUCCCAGACUGCAGACAUAUACGAGAACGGUGUCCAGGUUUUCUACAACAGCCCUGUUACUUCCCCAGCACUCUUCUUCUUCUGUGAAAAUGAUGCAAUGUGUAGCCCUGCUGUCCUGGAAAGACUGAUGGACUUCUGGAGGCGAAGGGGAGUGUCUGUUGACAGCAGGAAGUGGAAAAAGUCCACACAUGCCGCCCAUCUGCGAUGUCACCCAGAAGACUACCUUUCUACAUUGCAGCACUUUUUAAACUCCCUGUCUGUUCCUUCCCUUCAAUCUAACAUUUGAACUCUCUGGAAAUAAUUAACUUUUAACUAUUUUCAUUAUAUUUACUCACCAUAAACCCCUAUUUAAAGCAGAACGCAGUUUUAUCAAGAACGACUUUUAUGUUGUAGUUUGAGUUUGUUUGUUUUUUAUUUGAAAAACCAACUUGUGAACAUUUUCCUUAA